CGCUGGCCGUAACAAAUAUUCAUGGAUGUUUCAGACCAGCUGAGGAAACUGCUUCAGUCACUGCCACUGAAAUGCACAUUCAUCAGAAGUCUGCUUCCUGUUUUUGUCUCUCAGCCUCCUACAUAAAGCUGUUUGCUUUUGAUUUCACUUCCAUUCCCUGUGACACAGAUGAGUUUCUACACUGAGAGCUCCAGUUCCACCGGCAGCAGAACAGCCCCAGUGCAUAAUACUGCCACCACCAUGCUUGAUGGUGAUGGCAGAGAGGCUCAGUGAAUGGAUAUGGCUUCAGAAGUUGCUGCAAGUACAAUGAAUCAGUGUGAGAAGAAAAAGGAGGCCGACACUGCCUCCAAAACCACAGAGAGCUUGAAACAUGACAGUGAGACAAAAGCUCAGAGCCCAAAACAGCAGCAGCAGAGACCAGACUGUCCUGAAGUCAGCUGUGUGUCCAUGAAGAGCGACUGGUCGAUGGGUCGCUUUGAGGACUUUAAAGCUGCCCAAUCUGAUGAUGGAAAACCUGAAAUUAACACCUCCCUCUGCCUGAAACAGCAGCAGCAGAGACCAGACUGUCCUGAAGCCAGCUGUGUGUCCAUGAAGAGCGACUGGUCGAAGGAUAGCCUUAAUGACUUCAACGCUGGCCAAUCUGAUGAUGGAGAACCAGGAAUUAAAAGUGCAACAGACCCCAAAUGUGCCCAGUAGUCAGUCCGCCCGGCAAUAUCAAGAAAACCUGAGUACCACAUUUACGGUGCUUAAGAAGACGAUUAAUUCUUUUGUGGAAAGUGAGCUGAAGAAUUGCCAGAGGGUGCUGAGAACAGAUUACCCAGAAUGCUUGGAGAAGCAGAUGGACGGUGAAGAGGUGAUGUCUAGUGAGGUGCAGACGAAGGGUUGCAGAGAUGCAUUAAUGAAGGUGAUACAGCAUUUCCUUAGGGAAAUGUCAGAGGAAGAACUGGCUAAUACCCUACAGAACAGAGUUCAAAGUGCAGAGUGUCGGCGUAAACUCAAGUCUAAUCUAAAGAGGAGGUUUCACCGUGUGUUUGAGGGGAUUGCCAAACCAGGACAACGAGCACUUCUGAAUGAAAUCUACACAGAACUCUACAUCACAAAGGGAGACGCUGGACAGGUCAAUAAUGAACAUGAGAUCAGACAAAUUGAAAAUGCAUUCAGGAAAUCAAAAAACCCAGAAACAACCAUCAGAUGUGAAGACAUUUUCCAAUCCUCAGUUGGAGAAGAUCAACCCAUCAGAACAGUGAUGACAAAGGGAGUGGCUGGCAUCGGGAAAACAGUGUUAACACAGAAGUUCACUCUGGAUUGGGCCCAAGACAAAACCAACCAGAAUGUACUCUUUAUAUUUCCAUUCACCUUCAGAGAGCUGAAUGUGCUGAAAGAGAAAAGCUUCAGUCUGGUGGAACUCAUUCACUACUUUUUCCCUGAAACCAAAGAAUCAGAAAUCUGCAGCUUUGAGGACUUCCAGGUUGUGUUUAUCUUUGAUGGUCUGGAUGAGUGUCGCCUUCCUCUGGACUUCCACAACAACAAGAUCCUGACUGAUGUCACAGAGCCCACCUCAGUGGAUGUGCUGCUGACAAACCUGAUCAGAGGGAAGCUGUUUCUCUCUGCUCGCCUCUGGAUAACCACACGACGUGCAGCAGCCAAUCAGAUCCCUCCCGAGUGCAUCGACAUGGUGACGGAGGUCAGAGGGUUCACCGACCCACAGAAGGAGGAGUACUUCAGGAAGAGAUCCAAGGACGAGGAGCAGGCCGACAGGAUCCUCUCCCACAUUAAAACAUUACGAAGCCUCCUCAUCAUGUGUCACAUCCCAGUGUUCUGCUGGAUCACUGCUACCGUUCUGGGGGAGCUGCUGGGAACCAGAGAGGGUGGAGAGCUGCCCAUAACCCUGACUGAGAUGUACAUCCACUUCCUGGUGGUUCAGGCCAAAGUCAAGAAGGUCAGGUAUGAUGGAGGAGCUGAGACAGAUCCACACUGGAGUCCUGACAGCAGGAGGAUGAUUGAGUCUCUGGGAAAACUGGCUUUUGAGCAGCUGCAGAAAGGAAACCUGAUCUUCUAUGAAUCCGACCUGAUAGAGUGUGGCAUCGACAUCAGAACAGCCUCGGUGUACUCAGGAGUGUUCACACAGAUCUUUAAAGAGGAGAGAGGGCUGUACCAGGACAAGGUGUUCUGCUUCGUCCACCUGAGUGUUCAAGAGUUUCUGGCUGCUCUCCAUGUUCAUCUGACGUUCAUCAACUCUGGAAAAAAUCUGCUGUCAGAAGACCCAAUGACACAGGUAUAUCAAAGUGCUGUCGAUGAGGCCUUACAAAGUCCAAAUGGACACCUGGACUUGUUCCUCCGCUUUCUCCUGGGCCUUUCACUGCAGACCAAUCAGACUCUCCUACAAGGCUUGUUAACACAGACAGGAAGUCGCUCACAGGCAGAAACAGUUAGGUACAUCAAGAAGAAAAUCAGGGAAAAUUCCAGUCCAGAGAAAAGCAUUAAUUUGUUUCACUGCCUGAGUGAGCUGAGGGACUGUUCUCUAGUGGAGGAGAUUCAGCAGUACCUUAGUUCAGGGAGUCUCUUCUCAAACAAAGUCUCUCCUGAUCACUGGUCAGCUCUGGUCUUCAUUUUAUUGUCAUCAGAGAAAGACCUGGAUGUGUUUGACCUAAAGAAAUACUCAGCUUUAGAGGAAGCACUUUUGUGGCUACUGCCAGUGGUGAAAGCUUCCAAUAAAGCUCUGUUAAGUGGCUGCAAACUGUCAUGGAGAAGCUGUGAAGCUCUGGCUCCAAUUCUGAGAUCUCAGUCCUCAAACAUGAGAGAGCUAGACCUGAGCAACAAUGACCUUGAGGAUUCAGGCGUGGAGUUACUCUGUGAUGGUCUGAAGAGUCCACACUGUGCCCUGGAAACUCUCAGGCUGACAGGCUGUAACCUGUCUGAGAGAAGCUGUGAAGUUCUGGCCACAGUUCUCAGCUCCCCGUCCUCGAGUGUGAGAGAUCUGGACCUAAACAACAACGACCUACAGGAUUCAGGCGUGAAGCUCCUCUGUGAUGGUCUGAAGAGUCCACAUUGUGCCCUGGAAACUCUCAGGCUGUCAGGGUGUCUGAUCACAAAAGAAGGCUGUACAUCUUUGGCCUCAGCCCUGAGCGAGAACCCCUCCCAUCUGAGAGAGCUGGACCUGAGCUACAACCAUCCAGGAGACUCGGGAAUGCAGCAGCUCUCUGCUGGACUGAAGGAUGAUCACUGGGCACUAAAGACUCUCAGGAUGGACAACGGUGGAGAGAAGAGGCUGGCACAUGGUGUCAGAAAGUAUGCCUGUGAACUCACACUGGACCCAAUCACAGCACACAAAAACCUCAAGCUGAUCGACGACAAAAACAAAAGGGUGAUAUUUAGAGAGGAGCAGCUGCAUCCUGAUCACCCAGACAGAUUCGACUUUUGGCCUCAGGUUCUGUGUAGAGAUGGUUUGACCGGUCGCUCCUACUGGGAAGCUGAGUGGGAAGGAGAUGUUUGUGUUGCAGUGACCUACAGAGGAAUCAGAAGGAAAGGAGAUGGGGAUGAGUGCAGGUUUGGAUGGAAUGAUCAGUCCUGGAGCCUGAGCUGCUCUGUCGAUGGCUGCUUUAUUUAUCACAAUGGCAGAAAAACCAAACUCCCUUUCUGCUCCUCGUCCGUCUGUCACAGAGUAGCAGUCUACCUGGACUGUCCGGCCGGUACCCUGACCUUCUACAGAGUCUCCUGUGGCACACUGAUCCCUCUCCACACCUUUUACUGCACAUUCACUGAACCUCUCUAUCCAGCGUUUGGACUUGGGUUCAGAUGUUCGUCUACAUCUGGUUCUAGGCUCCGGUCUGGUUGCUCCGUGAUUCUGUGUUCUACAGAGAGCACAGAAACAAGCAUAUGAGAAGUCUAUGUGUAGCCAAGCCCUAUAUUCAUGUGGAUCCCAGGUUUAGAUUUUUUUAAAAUUUGGUCAAUAGAUUUCCUCUGACUGGAAAUGACAUGAAAAAUUGACAAAUCAACAUUUUCUAAAUGUUUUGUUGUUGUUGUUGCUAAAAAUGCCAUGUCCAAAUAUAUGCAGAUGUUCAUAGUUUUCAUUAUUAUUUGAUACUGUUGCUGAUCAUUCCUUUGCAUGGCUUCCAACUUUGUAAUUGUUUAUUGAUGAGCCCCAUUUUUGUUGAUAUUUAGAGCAACUGUAUGAUGUUCAUAAGCUACACUUCUUAUUGACUGUGGAUCCACAUCUGGACAGGGAUGAAGACUGUACCUGCCCAGAAAAGUUCUUUGGUGUUAACUGUUUGGUGUCCGUUCACAUCAAGGUCACAGCUUAUAGUAUGCAGUUUGAAGUUCUGUUUUGUAGACGUGGCAUCAAAACAUGCCUAACUAGGUAACUAGGAAAAUAACCAGCCUUUAUGCUAUAAGGAAAAUGGAAAGCAUUACACCUUUACUAACAUCACUGCACCGGCAAAAGGUAAACAAAUAAUGGAUUUUAAGGUUCUUUCAUUUGUUUUUAAAGCCCUGCAAGUGUAUUCACCUGGUUAACUCCUCUGCUCCAUCUCUACCUUCAGGCUUUGUAGAUCCUCCUAGAUGUGUUUAAGGAAAAUCUGUUGGCCUUAACAUUUUGGUAUUCAAAUUUAUUUUAGAAAUCAAAGUUCUUAUCCUGUUUUUUCUUGCUUUUAUUUUGUUUUACGAGUAAGAGAGUUCUUGUCUUUGCCUUGCUUUAUUGCACAUAUUCUUGUUGUUGCUUGUUUGGUUACCUUUAAUUAAAACAUGCCAUAUAAAUAAACUGGAUUUGAUUUACAGACA